AUGAUUCACCCCCUGUUCGGCUAUGAAGAUGGCGCAUUCACUGGCGCACGCAAGAAAGGCAAUGUCGGUAAGAUCUUGCAGGCCAAUGGCGGUACGCUAUUCCUCGAUGAAAUCGGCGAUAUGCCACUGAAUCUGCAAGCACGUUUGCUGCGGGUCUUGCAGGAACGCAUGGUGACACCACUGGGCAGCAGCAAAUCCAUCCCCGUCAACCUUGCCCUGAUCUGCGCCACCAAUCGCAACCUGCGCGAGAUGAUAGGCAAAGGCGAAUUCCGUGAUGACCUGUAUUAUCGACUGAAUGGCCUGGUAUGA